UGAUUUCAGGGAAGACUAGGUCUCUCGGCACUGAUAUUCCUAACAAUAUUAUGGAGAUUGAUGAUUCAGAAUUCGUAUACGCUGUGGUCGUUGGGAUAGCCUCGGAAGAUUUCCGGCGGAUCAUUUGGCACUUCAGGCACUUAUCCCCUUUCGUUGAAGCAUUUGUGACUGAUGAAGAAGUGACUUUUAUAUUUGGUCCUGCGGAAAUUGUGCUCAAAACAGAGAAUGGGAACUGCGUUAUUGGGGGCAUAAAUGGACACCACCGGGUCAAGAUCCGACUCAGUCUGCACAUCCCGGACUCGCUACUUGAAGCCUCGGAGCUCUCUGCCUCGGUUUGGAUGUUCAAGUCCCCUGACUCGCCCGAUUUGCUGAGUUUCCCGGUUCGACAACUCGGUAACGUCGUGUUCUACUUCAAGAAUGAACACAGGCUAUGAACUUGUGGAAUUCGAAUCACAUCUGUACAUAUGAUUCUUCUGUGUAAACAAAGGAGGAAGCUUAAUUGCCGAUUAAAAAAAAAAGAAAACAGAAGAAGAAGGGGAAGCUUAACCUUUGAUUGAUUUCAUUUU